UAGGGCACCAGUAUCCGUCGAUAUAGCAUUACCAUUGGUCGCAGCACAGACCCAGUUCGCGCGCAGCAGGAGCGAUUGGAGAGCUUCCAUCAUUUUAUAUCUCCACCAUCGUACCCCUCCACUCCGUCUACCUUCUCUCCAAUAUUUCCGACAAUGAGCGGCGCGGCUGAGAACCGCUGGCGGCGGCAGGGGCAAGCCAACCGCCAAAACCAGGACCGCACUUCGAGCUCGAACACGCCCGCCAAAGAGGGCGGACGACAGCAGGCCGUGGCAGCGCUCCCUGGCAAUGCUUGGGGAGCGAAAGGGAAGGCUGCAGGUCCAGCGCCGACGGCGACUGCCCAAGCCCAGCCAGAGCACCACAUCCCCGUGCGGGACUUCAAUGCCGACGAGGUCAAGGACUUCAUGAGAAAGAAAUACCUCGAAAGCACGGCUGAUCAACCGUCGGUAUAUCACAAGGUCCAGGGCGACUCGGUCCCGAAAAGGAGCAGUGGUGCCUGGGGAGUAAAAGGCAACAUGUCCCACCUCAUGCCCUCCGGGCAAGACUUCUUCACGCAACUCAAGAAGCAACUCGCGACUAUCGACCAGAACAAGCCGACGCAAUAAGUGCACACAAACCCGACCUUUGUUUCAGCGGCAUUACAAGGGCAUUGCGGGAGUUCUUCGGGGCUUCAAAUCAUAUGGGUGGCUGUAUGUUCAGGCUCUUCUUGCUUCUCUGUACAGAAAUUUGAGAGCAUUAUGCUUGGCUGCGAGGGCGUUCUGGAGUUCAUAGUCCGGGUUUACUCCGGUUUGGAAUGGUUUUCGAGCGAUACCCUUCCGGUCUUGUUACAGCGCUUUGGGCUUGAUACAACGUAGAUGAUAUCAGAGGGUUGGAAGGGUACAGGGAAAGGGAUCUCAUGUAUAUGCUCACACCUUCGAUACAAAGUCGUCAUGAAUGUUCAACUAUUGUGCAUUUCGCGAC